CCCUGGCCAUUAGGCGGCUGUGCGUUAAGUGGUAGACGCCGGGGGAGAGCCGGCGAGGGGCGGACCCCAGCGCCCACAGUGACGGGGGCGCGCGCCGCCGGCUCCGCCUGAAGACUCAAGCCGGCGGGCGAGCGGGCCCGUCAUUGGCAGCGGCGGCAUGGUCUUCUGUCUGGAGAACGAGGAGCCGCGCCUCCCUCAACGAAGCGCCAUGGUCCACUUCCAGGCCUCGGAAGUCCAGCAGCUGCUACACAACAAGUUCGUGGUCAUCUUGGGGGACUCAAUCCAGCGGGCUGUGUACAAGGACCUGGUGCUCUUGCUCCAGAGGGACUCACUGCUCACAGCCGCCCAGCUGAAAGCCAAGGGGGAGCUGAGCUUUGAACAGGACCAGCUGGUGGCUGGGGGUCAGCUGGGCGAGCUGCACAACGGGACGCAGUACCGGGAGGUCCGCCAGUUCUGCUCGGGUUCUGGCCACCACCUUGUGCGCUUCUACUUCCUCACCCGCGUUUACUCCGAGUACCUCGAGGGCGUCCUGGAGGAGCUGACGUAUGGGCCUGCCCCGGACCUGGUGAUCAUCAACUCCUGCCUCUGGGAUCUCUCCAGGUAUGGCCGCUGCUCGAUGGAGAGCUACCGGGAGAACCUGGAGCGGGUGUUUGUGCGCAUGGACCAGGUGUUGCCAGAUUCGUGCCUGCUGGUGUGGAACAUGGCCAUGCCCUUGGGGGAGCGCGUUACUGGGGGUUUCCUUCUGCCAGAGCUCCAGCCCCUGGCAGGGUCUCUGCGGCGGGAUGUCGUUGAAGGGAACUUCUACAGUGCAACACUGGCCGGGGACCACUGCUUUGAUGUCCUCGACCUCCACUUUCACUUUCGGCAUGCGGUACGGCACCGUCACCGGGACGGUGUCCAUUGGGACCAACAUGCUCACCGCCACCUCUCACACUUGCUUCUGACCCAUGUGGCCGACGCCUGGGGCGUGGAGCUGCCCAAGCGUGACUAUCCCUCUGACCCGUGGAUUGAGGACUGGCCAGUGCUGGAUCAUCCGUUCCAGGGGAACCAUGGGCAGCCCCCAGACUUCGGGGAGAAGCUGGCCUUGCCCCCACCCCAGCUCUCUCCCCUGCUCCCUCCCAUGCCUUUCCCCUACCCCAUUCCUCAGCCCUCGCUACCUCCCUUGUUUCCACCCCUGCCCCAGGACACCCCUUUUUUCCCAGGCCAGCCCUUCCCACCCCACAAAUUCUUCAAUUGUAAUUCAACAGAAGACUUCUCGAUGUCAUCCCACUUAGGAUUGGGUUCAGUCACUGCUGGAUCUACACCAACAUCUGUAGACUCGUUAAUCAACUCACUGAUUGUCACAGUUUGCUGGUUUGGAGGUAGGGGAAAUGGUGUGGCCAUCUUGUGGAUGGGGAAACGGAAGCCCAGAGAAGCUCCUCCUGGAGAACUAAAACUGCCCGGAGGCAGAGCUGGGCUCACCUGCUCAGAAGCCCACUCUCUGAUAAUGGCUGGUUCUUUUGUAGGAUGUGGCCCUGGAGUGAACUUUGUGCCUGGCCUCCUGCCACCUCCAGUCUCUGGCCCUAUCCCCCAUGGUCAGCACUGGGGCCCAGUGGUCCACCGGGGGAUGCCACGCUGUGCUCCCAACAGCCCCUACCACGUGCCGAGGAUGGGGGGGCCCUGCAGGCAGCGGCUCAGACACUCAGACAGACUGAUCCACACAAACAAACUGGACAGACAGCCUCCUGCCCAUUCGGGGACAUGGCCUGGAUAGACUGGAUCUUGGACUGGGGCUGGAUGUGCCAGUGGCCCUACAGGGCCUGCUUGCCACCCCCGGUGCUGGGUCAGGGUGUCUGUUAUGCCUGGCAUUGUUCUUGUCCAUUGCUGUCACUAAUAAAGGCAUGGAAGAACA